UGGCAGCAAGAACGUUGUUUGUAUAUGUUAGGCAUAGAUAUUCUAUGCUUUGACGGAAUUGGAAAUGAUGAAGAGAAUUGUCAAUUUCUUUUACUUAGGGAUCACUCUGACUUUUUUGGAAAGUUUUUCUGAAGCAAAUCGUGUUUUGGAACUUAGUGACAGGUUUCUAGAAGUUCGUCACCAAGGGGUUUGGUUAAUAAAAUUUUAUGCACCUUGGUGUGGACACUGUAAGAAUUUAGAACCAAUUUUCAACCAAGUGGCUCAGUCUCUUGUUGAUACAAACAUUCAAGUCGGACGAGUAGACUGCACACGUUUCACCAGUGUAGCAACUGAAUUUGGUAUUCGAGGUUUUCCAACAGUCAUCUUUGUCAAAGGUCAUAAGAAUAUAGAAUAUAAAGGAGACCGAACACGUGAAGAAAUUGUCGAUUUUGCAAGAAGAAUGGAUGGACCUGCUGUGAGACAUCUGAAAAAUUGUGAUGACUUUCAAAAAGCUCGUGAGGACCACAAAGUGUUAUUUCUGUAUGUGGAUGGAGAAAAAUUGGAUGAUAGUGGAGAACUUAAAGACCACUUCAUGAGGAAUGCAGAACAACUUCAACCUCAUCACUACUUUUUCACUGUUCAGAAUCAAUGCCUGUCUUUAGUUGAAGGUGUGGCAGUUCCAUCCUCCCCAUCAGUGUAUGUGUUUAAAGACAAUAGGGGAUUCAAAUUUGAAGGAAAGCUAGAUACAGAAUUGAACUCAACACUUAAUACGUGGAUAAAUCAGGAGCGUUUUCCUGCCUUCCUCAAAGUGACCAAUGGAAAUUUUCCUCAGGUUUUAAGAAGUGAAAAAUAUAUUGUAUUGGCUGUGUUAGAAGAGAACCAGAUUGGACAUUUAACUCUAAAAAUGCAAGAAUUCAAAGACCUUGUUGAAGCCAUUGCAGUUAGUAAUAGGGAUCUGUAUCAUCAACAUUUCAUUUUUGGAUGGCUUGGCCAGACGGACCUAGCUAAUUCAGUUGCAAUGAAAGUCCUACCUAUUCCUAGUCUUAUUGUUGUGGACUCCACUACGUAUGAGUAUUAUCUACCAUCUGCUUCAGAAGAAGAAAAGAUUCCAUCUCCUCAAACCAUCAUAGCUCUUCUAGACCAGAUUCUAAAUAAAUCAGCAACCGCUUAUGGUGGAAACACUUUGCUUCACAGAUUGAAGCGUGCUGCAUUUGAAGCAAGUACUUCACUUUCAGCAAUGUGGAAAGGCAAUCCCGUGUUAACAACUGUACUUUUUGGGUUGCCCUUGGGGUUUCUCAGUAUAAUUAUCUACACGUCCUGUUGCAGUGACAUCUUAGAAAUGUCUGAAGAAGAAGAAGACAUUGAAGAGUCUCAAAGACACCACAAAAAAGACUAGCAGUCAACCAACUUCCCACUCAGGGUGAAAAGUUAUGAACAUGAACAGUAUUUUGUCAUUUAUGUUAACAAAACUGAAAUGAGAUGAUAGGAAUAAUAGAGCUUUAUGAUAUGUAUGAUAAGCAUUUUUUUGUUAUUCAGACAAAUGCUUUUUUAGAUAUCUUUACCUGUUCUAAUUUUGUAAAAGAAAUUCCUUACAGUAAUUUUAUGCUAAUAACUUCUAGCCAAAUUAUUCUGAUUCUUAGACUUACCUUUUGGAAAAUACUUCAAGUAGAAACUUCACUUCAGUCAGUUCUUUCAGAUAGUUAAAAUUCAUCAUUUCUUUGAUUACGUUUAACCAUAAUUUUACAUCAUCUAGUGUUUUGUGAAAAAUUUUUAUUGUGAACAUCUUUGUUUUAUCAGACUGGGUAUAACUUGUGUAUUUUCAUAAUGUUUCAAUGGUUUUUCAAGAUAUAUCUGAUUUUAUUGUCAACUGAUUGAGGAUAUGUAAUGGUUUUCACUAGACCCAGCAGAAUAUAUCUGAUUUUAUUGUCAGUUGAUUGUGACUACUUGAAAGUUUUCAUCAGAUCUAGCAGGACAUAUUUCAAUCUAUUGUCAGUUGAUUGUGGAUAUUUAAAAGUUUUCAUCAGAUCUAGCAGGAUAUAACAGAGUUUAUUGUCAAUUGAUUGUGGGUAUUCAAAAGUUUUCAAUAGAUCUAGCAGGAUAUGUCUGAGUUUAUUGUCAGUUGAUUGUAAGUAUUCAAACGUUUUCAUCAGAUCUAGCAGGAUAUAUCUGAGUUUAUUGUCAGUUGAUUGUGGGUAUUCAAAAGUUUUCAUCAGAUCUAGCAAGAUAUAUCUGAGUUUAUUGUCAGUUGAUUGUGGGUAUUCAAAAGUUUUCAUCAGAUCUGGCAGGACAUAUCUCAAUCUAUUGUCAGUUGAUUGUGGAUAUUUAAAAGUUUUCAUCAAAUCUAGCAGGAUAUAUCUCAAUCUAUUGUCAGUUGAUUGUGGAUAUUUAAAAGUUUUCAUCAAAUCUAGCAGGAUAUAUCUGAGUUUAUUGUCAGUUGAUUCUGGAUAUUUAAAAGUUUUCAUCAGAUCUAGCAGGAUAUAUCUGAGUUUAUUGUCAGUUGAUUGUGGAUACUUAAAAGUUUUCAUCAGAUCUAGCAGGAUAUAUCUGAGUUUAUUGUCAGUUGAUUGUGGGUAUUCCAAAGGUUUCCUCAGAUCUAGCAGGAUAUAUCUGAGUUUAUUGUCAGUUGAUUGUGGUAAUUUAAAGGAUUUCACCAGGUCUAGCAAGUUAUAUGUGGUUUUAUUGUCAACUUAUUGUGGGUUUUUAAAGAAUUUUACCAAAUCUAGCAAGAUGUCUGAUGUAUUCUUAACAGACCAAAAACAUGUCAAACUAUUCUACCUAAUACAGAAUAAGGAUUCAAUCUUGUUUAAGAACAUAAUUUAAUGUGUAUUCUGUAAAUCAGCUGGUAACACGUUUUAAAGUGAUAACUUAAUGCUAUAGUUUCUUCCAUAUAUCAGCAGUUCACAACUAAAAAGUGUAUAUUAAUUUUGGUGUGUUAAUGUCUGCUGUAGUCAUGUUCUUAAUUAGCAAAGUGAUAACUUAAUGCUAUAGUUUCUUCCAUAUAUUGGCAGUUCACAACUAAAAAGUGUAUAUUUAUCUAGUUGUGUUAAUGUCUGCUGUAGUCAUGUUCUUAAUUAGCAGGGGCUCAGACUUUCAUAAAUACAGUGUUUAAAUUAUGAAGUAUACAACAAAACACAAUAUCUGCUGGGAAACCUUUAGUAUGUUUUUCACAGUUUUGAAUUUCAUCCACUCUAACUGAUGGAAAAUAAAUUGUUGGGUGUAUGUAUUAAGUAUCCAUAAAAAUGGUGAACGUUUUUCACAAAAAAUAGUAGAAAUACCGAUGUUUGUACUUAAAUGUGAUUUUAUUUUCUGUAGUACAAUAAUUCUUUCUGUAGUUAAAAACAAUUGAUCCGUAUGUGGGAAUUCUUUUGUAUUUUUAAAUCAGUUUGGAAACAUUUUUGUAGUUUUUAUCUUAUUUUCGGUAUUAAAAUAUUUAUUUCUUUUAAAAACAAUAUACUUUUAAUAGUUAAUUCUUAAUUUAAACAAUUUCAUAAAUUAUUAAGUGGGAUGUUCUUAUGACAUUGCUAAUAAUAUCUUCAUAUUAAUAUUUAGAAAUAUUACUUGGCAAGACUCAAGACUUCCUUAUAUUUAUACCAAUAUGUGUAGAUCGUUUAUUUGUGUGUUGUACAAAUAUUGAGUUUUAUGUACUUUUGUAUUAUGUUCAUGUAUUGAAUCCAGAGUUGUCUGUGUAUUGGUGGUCAGAGCCUGUAUUCUAAUGUGGGUUUCAACUGUAACUUUCAAUUAUAUAUGUAUAUAUGUGAGUGAGAACUGUACAUUACUAGGAAGCUUAGCUUUCAUUGAAGCAUUGAUGCUAAAUAUAAAACAUUAUAUAGCUUAUAUCUCCAACUUUCCAAAAAAAAACAGCCAAGGACCUGACCCCUGGUGUCCUCAUAGCUAUUUACAGUCACGUUAAUGGUUGGUGUUUCACACCAAUAAAUCAUGGUGUAAUUAAAAAGGUGUUGGUAUAAAAAUAUUUUCCUGUUAUGAUCUAAGCAAACUUUCCAGCUUGCGUAAUGGUAAUGUUUGAUGAUUGUUUCCUGUGACUUCCAAAAGCAAGUCAUGAAGACUAGUAACAAACUAAAGAUCAAUUUUUACAGAUUUUCUUGUGCAUUACCGGGUAACUGUUAAACACUUUAUCUUUCAUACUUUGGCAGGUUUUCUUUAGCAUCAGAAAAUAAUAUGUUCUGAAUGUUUGAGCUUAAGUUAGUGUCAUAUUAUGUACAAAAGUUGACCCCUCACAUCUGAAAAAUAUCUCUAGUGUUAUUGAGCCAAUGGAAACAAAAUAUAUUAAUCCAGCAGAUGUAAAAAUAUAUAUAGAUUAGUUAGAAAAUUUAUGUAGCCAGGCAUUCGCACGUACGUCCAUGUGUAACAUUGAAAUUUCAAGGUACAAAUUUUCUUUGAUAUGAAAUCUUAACCUUACUGUUGUUUUUUUUUCCCCAAGUAACAUUUAGAAAACAAAUUGUCUGAUCAGAAUGUAAAUUUUUACAAUAUUUUACACUGUCAAUAUGGUUAAUUCUUAAAAGAAUAUAUAUGCCAAGAGAAGGUUAUGAUAAUGUGCCAUUUCAGGCUUAAGUUUCAAUACUUUAUGGAUUAGUUCCA